AAAUCGCCAAGACUGAUCAAGGUAGACUGCUCAGUGACUUCACCGAGGUACACGCAAGCCCGGAACAUCGUCCUACGACAUUAAUACACGAAGGAAGCGCGGUUGCCCUCGGGUUCAAGGACCACGGUAAACAUCGAGCUUCUUCAAGUUCUAGUCCUGCCGUCGAGUGAAUCGAUCGGUUAUUAUUUCUGGUGGUGCGCGAGAGGAUUGUGGCGUUCCACGGAAACUGGCAAAGAUCACAGUGUCCGUAAUCGUUUUUGAGUACCAUGACAUUUGAGUGUUAACGCGAAAAGGACCUCUCGAUCCCGUUAUGACGGCUCGAGAUGCCUCGCGCGCCCUAUCGUGUUCGCAUCUCCCGUCGCCGCCGCACCGGAUACCCUCUGGAGUCCUUGGUCAGGAUCGCAUGGGCGUACCCGAGGACCGCGAGAGUUAAUUAAAAUGCGAGACCUGAACGCCACCGCAUGCGCUGCUUUGUACGACGGCGUCGAGUGGUCAAGCCUGUGGAACGUGAUUACCCUAAUCGUCCUGGCGAUCGUCGAUGUCAUGGUGGUGGUAGGUAACGUCCUGGUCAUCUUGGCCGUCUACUGUACCAGCAAGCUGAGGAACGUGACGAAUAUGUUCAUCGUGAGCCUGGCGGUCGCCGAUCUCAUGGUCGGCGUCGCCGUCCUGCCAUUCAGCGCGACCUGGGAGGUUUACAAGGUAUGGAUUUACGGGAAUCUCUGGUGCUCCGUGUGGCUGGCGGUCGACGUUUGGAUGUGCACGGCGUCGAUAUUGAAUUUGUGCGCCAUCAGCCUGGAUAGGUACUUGGCUGUGACCAGGCCGGUCAGCUAUCCUCAGCUUAUGUCGACAAAGAGGGCUAGACUGCUGGUGGCCACCGUUUGGGUUUCGAGCUUCGUUAUCUGUUUUCCGCCUUUAGUGGGCUGGAAGGACAAACGGUCGCAUAUUACGUACAAUGAAACGUAUCCCCUAUACGGCCCGUCCAACACCACCACUAUACUCGUGCCGAUGAAGCCGUGCCCAUGGAUCUGCGAGCUGACCAACGACGCCGGCUACGUCGUUUACAGCGCCCUAGGCUCCUUCUACAUACCGAUGCUGGUGAUGCUAUUUUUUUAUUGGCGGAUCUACAACGCCGCAGUUUCCACGACGAGGGCCAUUAAUCAAGGUUUUCGGACAACAAAGGCCUCGAAAAUGCUUGGCACCAGGUUCGAACAACAAAGACUGACCUUACGAAUACACCGUGGCCGCGGUAGCGUCCACAACGGCAGCAACAACGGCAACUCGAGAAGCCCGGACUCGAGCAGCCGCAGCUCCGUCAAGCGCGAGAAGAUCAAGAUCUCGGUCUCCUAUCCCAGCACCGAGACGCUCAACACGAAGUGCAACACCCUCGAGAGAACCCCGUCGAGAUGUUCGCAAAUCUCGGUCCAUUAUAGCAACGGGCAGACGCAGACGCAGCUUUGUCCAACCUCGCGCAACACGCAUCUUAAGGUGGGUGGUGUCAAUAGGGCCGGCAGCAGCAAAAGACCGAGCAGGCGGAGCAGCUGCGAGAGUCAGGUGACCGGCGACGAGUUGUCGCUGCGCGAGAUGACGCCGAGCAACGAGGAGAAGCCACGAGUGAUGAAGCUGGGCAAGAGAAACAUAAAAGCCCAUGUGAGGAGAUUUCGCAUGGAGACGAAGGCGGCGAAGACCCUGGGCAUCAUCGUCGGCGGCUUCAUUAUGUGCUGGCUGCCCUUCUUCACCAUGUACCUGGUGCGCGCGUUCUUCCCGAAUCACAUCCACCCGACCGUCUUCAGCGUGCUCUUUUGGCUAGGGUACUGCAAUUCCGCGAUAAAUCCGUGUAUCUACGCCCUCUUCAGCAAGGACUUCCGCUUCGCUUUCAAGAGAAUCAUCUGCUGCAGAUGCUCCUGCAUACAGCGCGCCAACACCCUGCGACGUGGCAGCGACGGCAGCCAACUGGCAAUGAGAAUGAUCGCAGCCGCGGGGUGUCUCACCGGAACGAUUCUGCGUGUGUCUCGCAGGAACGAACGAAGCCCGAGCUACUCGAUCCGCGUGGCCCAGCACGGGACCUCCAUCGACGACUCGGAUCCGGAUCCGUCGUUGGAGGCGACGCACUCGCAGAGCGAGUCCAGAUGAUUGUAGCGACACGUCCGAUCUGGCACGCAGCGCGUCACCUUCAAUCCCCGGUCCUCCAAGGCGAGGAUAUUCUCCUUCUGAUGACGGCGGUGCUCCGGGAGCCGCGCUCGACGGGAAGCGUCCGUCGCGUCGUGACGGCGACUCGUCGCGGCCUCCUCGAACCGGCGAAUUGGUGUGCCAACGUAAAUCAGUUUCGCCAUUUCUGCCAGACUAACGGUGCGUCAGCGUUUCGCGUAAAUUAGACAGCUCGGUGAAGCCUGGAAAUGUCCGUCGACUCUAUCCGCGUCUCGCCGUGAAAUGCACGAGAUCGGUAGUUGAGUGGCAGGCAGGUAACAAGCGACAAGAGUCGGACGGGCGAGCAACGUUAUCGCUCGCUCGGCUCGUCUCGUUUACCCUUUGCCGUGGAAGAGGAGGAAGGAACCGAUGCUCGCGGCUCGUCCGUGUAAUCUCGCAGCAACAGCGACGACUCUGCGCUAAGUCAACGGGGGGUGUGAAAGACCCGGGAUGGUUUCUUGAGCGAGGCAGCGAAUAAUUUGCCGCUUGAUCCGCCUCUCCUCGUUAAAUCGCGCGACCCCGCUGUAACGAGUUUAUAUACGGAGUCGACAGAGGGGUAAGUCAAGUAGCGGAUUGCUCUUUCUCUCUGCUGGCUUUUCUGUCGUCCAUCGGAGAGGGAGGAAAGAAAGAAGAGGGAACCGUGCGAUUUGCCUUUGCACUGUAAUUGCGGCGGGGCCGAUGGAAACUGAGUGGCAGGUGGAGGCGCGUCUACUCUGAAUUGGAUCUUAGGACCUGGAACGCGGCGCUUCAUCCGCGAGAAGCGAAGGAAGGAAGGGAACAAGAAAGAGAGACGAGGGGGAGAGAAAUAUCGACUUUCCUACGCGGAUCUCGUCGUCCUCCUCGCGGGAAUCGUCGCCUCGCUUCGAUUUGCAGCUCCGGGCUACACGAGGAGCCUCAUCCGCGGUUUGUCCCUCGCAAAGCCGACCGUCUUCUCGCGUCCGGCAGACGCGGUAAACUAUCGCACACGGUUUCAACAUACGUUACAUGUGUCCCACGCAGAUCGCGACCGACCGGGCAGCCUGAUCGGCCGUCGACCGGAUCCGCGGAGACGAUAAUCUCCGAGAGUUUCGCAUAAUGUGUACGCAAUCGGUGUGCCUUCUUUCGUCAUCGCGCAGUAGAGUGCACCGUUUUCGCGACGAGAGAAAAUUAUCCGCUCUCCGUUCUUCCACGCGCACACGCAUACACGUACACACAUAUAUACACACAGAGCCGUUUUGCAAUGUUAUUUAUUCGUUAUUCGGUAUACGAUACGACUCGCGCAAGCGAAUUACACGUCGUGUAGCUUCUAGUCCCUAAGCCCUUCCCCCGGUUUCGAGCGGACGAUCGGAUCGACCGGUCGUCAUCCCGGCGCUCGCUCCUGAUCGUCCGCGACGCGUCUGUGCGUAUUGCGGCCGCGCGUUCGUCCCACGUCGCUGGAGCCGAAGACUCGCGCUUCGAAGAGACCUGGAGAACCGUCGCGAGUCGUCCUCAACGAGCCUCGGGAAAGGAAGUAGGCGGUCGGACAAUCGCCCCCCCCGCGUUCCGAACGGGAACGGAACGUCCGACGGACGUAACGAGCGACGCAGACCUCCUAUGUACAUAUCGAUAUCUAUGUGUACGCAGCAACACGCUAAGUAUGUCGUUAUAUCUUCUAUAUGAACCGAUGUUCGCGCGCAUGCUCGCAUAAAUCGGCGUUUCUCCUCUCCCUCCUGCCCUCCAUUCACACACCCCAUUCAUUUCUCAUUCCGCGUCUUCUCAUUCGAGCGAUCCUCCGGAAUGCAUCCGGAAUAAGAUCGCGACUCCGCGCCGACGCUGAUCCAUGCGUUCCCCCUUUAUCCCGCGCGCGAUCUGCGAAAUGUUGGAGCGCACCGUCGUCGCGCGUCGUGUAUCACAAUAGGGCAACAUCGCGACGACUACACCCGAAUGACACUUGACACGUUACAUUUUUUGCAGAAACCUCUCCGAUUCACCCUCCCUCGGUUAGCCCGUCAUAGCUUUGCGCAACUGUAAUUCGACGGGAGCGGCGAGACGACCGAUCGAUUUAAAGAAAAAGAAUGCGUGAUUCAUGUAUUAUGUGAUAUAUCGUAUAAAUAAGUAAAAACAAACGGAUGGAAAUAAAUAUGUGAGUACGUAUAAACGGA